CCGCCGCGGGGCCGACUUCCGGCAUCCCGCGCCUGCGCCCUGGCAGCCGGGAAGGCGGCGAGGCCGCGGCCGCGCCUGGAACCGGAAGUGAAGGCAGGUUCCCGCCUCCGUCCGGGCCGCCGCCGCCAUACGCGCUCGCAGCGCUUAGCUCUUCUGUCAGAACACUGGUGUCUUUCCCUUCUGUUCCUCGAACGCCUCUUUCCCCUUCUGUCUCACCUGCUCUGGGACCACUCACCCCAAGACCUCUCUUCCCCGUGCCGGCCCAGUUAUGGCAGAGAAUGACGUCGACAACGAGCUCUUAGACUACGAAGACGAUGAAGUGGAGACAGCGGCUGGGGGAGAUGGGACUGAAGCGCCUGCCAAAAAAGAUGUCAAGGGCUCCUACGUCUCCAUCCACAGCUCCGGCUUCCGAGACUUCCUGCUCAAGCCAGAGCUGCUCCGGGCCAUUGUAGACUGUGGCUUUGAGCAUCCAUCAGAAGUCCAGCACGAAUGCAUCCCUCAGGCCAUCCUGGGGAUGGACGUCCUGUGCCAGGCCAAGUCGGGCAUGGGGAAGACGGCAGUGUUUGUGCUGGCCACUCUGCAGCAGCUGGAGCCAGUCACGGGGCAGGUGUCUGUGCUGGUGAUGUGUCACACUAGGGAGCUGGCCUUUCAGAUCAGCAAGGAAUAUGAGCGCUUCUCAAAGUACAUGCCGAACGUCAAGGUGGCAGUGUUUUUUGGCGGUCUGUCUAUCAAGAAGGAUGAAGAGGUGCUGAAGAAGAACUGCCCACACAUCGUUGUGGGGACUCCCGGCCGAAUUCUAGCCCUGGCUCGAAAUAAGAGCCUGAACCUCAAGCACAUUAAACACUUUAUCUUGGACGAGUGUGACAAGAUGCUUGAACAGCUCGACAUGCGUCGGGAUGUCCAGGAAAUCUUUCGCAUGACCCCCCAUGAGAAGCAGGUCAUGAUGUUCAGUGCUACCUUGAGCAAAGAGAUCCGGCCAGUCUGCCGCAAGUUCAUGCAAGAUCCUAUGGAGAUCUUCGUGGAUGACGAGACCAAGUUGACGCUGCACGGGUUGCAGCAAUACUACGUGAAACUGAAGGACAAUGAGAAGAACCGGAAGCUUUUUGACCUUCUCGAUGUCCUCGAGUUCAACCAGGUGGUGAUCUUUGUGAAGUCCGUGCAGCGGUGCAUUGCCCUGGCCCAGCUUCUAGUGGAGCAGAACUUCCCAGCCAUUGCUAUCCACCGUGGGAUGCCCCAGGAGGAGAGGCUCUCUCGGUAUCAGCAGUUCAAGGAUUUCCAGCGGCGGAUUCUUGUGGCUACCAACCUGUUUGGCCGAGGCAUGGACAUUGAACGUGUGAACAUCGCCUUCAACUAUGACAUGCCAGAGGACUCGGACACCUACCUGCACCGGGUGGCCAGGGCAGGCCGGUUUGGCACCAAGGGCUUGGCUAUCACAUUUGUGUCAGAUGAGAAUGAUGCCAAGAUCCUCAAUGACGUGCAGGACCGCUUUGAGGUCAACAUCAGUGAGCUACCUGAUGAGAUAGACAUCUCCUCCUACAUUGAACAGACGCGGUAGAGGAAUCACCCAGUCUGGAGUGUGGCCGUCUGUCGAGUUAGAAGAGGACACCAGGGAUCAGGGUGGAGACACCACUGUCCCCUCCCCCCCGCCCGCCAGCCCUCACCCUACCCUGCCCAUGCCCCCUCUGUGUCACCACCACUCCUGAACCUAUUCCUGAUUUAUCAGAGUUGUUGU